AUAACAGCAUCUGGUGCAGUUGGUCAGCUUGUGGAGCAGAUUGCUAAUUUGAUGGGUUGCUAUGUUGUUGGAAGUGCAGGUAGUAAAGAAAAGGUUGAACUGUUGAAGAGCAAAUUUGGGUUUGAUGGUGCUUUCAACUAUAAAGAGGAACAUGACUUGGAUGCUGCCUUAAAACGGUACUUCCCCGAAGGCAUCGACAUUUACUUUGAGAAUGUUGGGGGGAAAAUGCUUGAUGCUGUGCUUCUAAACAUGAGAUUGCGCGGCCGCAUUGCUGCUUGUGGAAUGAUCUCGCAGUACAAUCUUCAUCAACCUGAAACCAUUCAAAACUUGACGAAUAUUGUUUAUAAGCGGAUUCGAAUACAAGGGUUUGUGGUUAUGGAUUACUUUGACCAGUACUCCAAGUUCUUGGAUUUUAUUCUGCCUUGUAUCAGAGAAGGGAAGAUUGUUUAUGUGGAAGACAUAGCUGAAGGACUCGAGAGUGGCCCUGCUGCUUUGAUCGGCCUUUUUAGCGGCCGCAACAUCGGAAAGCAAGUAGUGAAGGUUACUGAUGAGUGAUCAGUAUUCUUCAGCAUACCUUAGCAUUAUUUUUGAGUGAUAUUAAAGCAGUUUAAUUUUAUAGGCCUAUUUUUAGCAGCCUACCUUGAUCUUCAUCAGAAUUUUUAGACAUUAUAGAGAUGUAAAACCGCAUUUCGGGUAUGACAAUAAGAGAGAUGGCUUACAUAUCUUGUUAAGCUCUUUUUCAUGCAUGAUCAUAGACAAUAUCAGUUGAAGAUUUUCGAUUAUUAUGCCAUGAACAACUACUUUUUCUCUUA